AUGGUGGGUAAAUUUGUUAAGCAUAACGAGUAUACUUUUCCGUUGUUAGGGAAAAUUUGUGCCGAGAUUAAGUCUUUGCAAGAAGGUGGAAAGAUAGGGAGUGCCCGUGAGGUGUUCGAUGAUGGGGUUGUGUUGGAUUUAGUUAGUUGGAAUUCGAUGAUAGAUGGCUAUGUGAAGAAUGGGCAGGUUGGGUACGUCGGUGUUGGGAAAAUGGAGGUGGCGAGAGAGUUGUUUGAAAAAAUGCCAGGAAGAGAUGCUAUUUCUUGGAAUUCUAUGAUGAUGGGUAUGAAAGGAUUGAAAAUGUUUCGGAGGCUCGAUCAGGAAACAGGGGAGGUUAGGCCGAACAAUGCUUCUCUUGUUAGUGUAUUGACAGCAUGUGCAACUUUGGGGAGGCUUGAUAAGGGCUUGUGGGUUCAUUCUUUUAUUGAGAAUAACAAGAUCAAAUGUGAUGUAUUGCUUUCUACUGCUCUCUUGACAAUGUAUGCAAAAUGUGGGGCUAUGGAUUUGGCAAGAGAUGUUUUUGAUAUGGAAAAGAGAGGUCAAACGCCAAAUGCUGUUACCUUUACCAGUUGUUUAUCUGCAUGUAAGUAUUCGGAAAGGUUUUAG